AUGGGGCAAACCCUUCUUUAUCAAACAACUUAUGACAAGUUGAAGAUUCGCUGUGAAUCUUUGGACCUCAAUGACGACGGGGAGUAUGACAAUGGAAUCGCCAUUCCGACCUUUUUUGACCCAUUUCCUCUUGAGAACCUCAAAAAGCAUCAGAUUAUCACGCCAGAUAACACAGCCAGAAGGGACUAUGAGUCCCAUGAAAAUAUAUUCGAUCGUCCUGAGGAGGGAUUCGAGGGGUUCAAGUCGCAGGCGGUGUCCUACCGUCUUAUGCGGCACUUUGACUGGUUUCGCAGGAACGGGAUCGCUGAUGGCUCAGGAAGAUUGAUUGACAUCACAGUAUGGAAAAAUGAGUACGUGCCUCGCUUUGUCUCGGGUAUCAGGAAUGUUCUGCUGAUGUGUCUCAUUUCUCGCAGCGCAUACUCUAAGUUUAUACAGGAAUUCUUCGAGCCCGGCGUCUGCUUUCAGCGCGGUCACUCGCCCUCGCCCUCGGGUUGGUGGACGGCAAAAUCCACCUCUCUUCCUCAUCUUAUGUGUAUUCUUGAAUUCAAAUUCAAAGGUACUGAGGAACUCCUCAGGGGUGAAAUCCUUAUGAUCCUUGCCACAACGAUCACUCGUCUUGAACUAGAGGGUUAUCAGGGUGAGGUAGUCAUACCGGUUCUCAUGUUUUCAGUCAUGUCCGACUUCAAAGCAAGGAUAAUACAAGCAUAUUUUGAUGGGGACAAACUGGUGAUUCGCAAGUCAAGGCUGUACGACUUCUCUACACGUGAGACCUUGAGCUCCUCAACAGCUCUCUUCAUGCAGUGGAUCAGUAUCAAGGAGGAGGCUGAAACAGAAAAUACUACUGAUGCUCCUUGA